AUGAACUUAGAUGUCAACUCAGAAGAGGAAAAUCAAACAGCUCCUGUGGCAUUCAUCCUCUUGGACUUUAAUAGUGAGGACUUACAGACAUUGUUUUCCAUACUUUUUCUUCCUAUCUACCUUGUGACCAUGGCUGGAAACAUUCUCAUUAUUAUUCUAGUAGUCCUCAAUCAGCAUCUUCACACACCCAUGUAUUUCUUCCUGGGAAACCUGUCAUGCCUGGAGACUUGCUACAGCUCAACCAUCAUGCCAAGGAUGCUGGUCAGUUUUCUGACUGGGGACAGAACCAUUUCUAUUAAUGGAUGCUUUGCCCAGCUGUAUUUCUUUGGUUAUCUUGCAGCUACAGAAUGCUAUUUUCUAGCAGUGAUGUCUUACGAUCGCUAUUUAGCAAUUUGCAAACCACUGCAUUACACAUUGCUGAUGAAUAGCAGAAUCUGCAUCAUGCUAAUCACUGCAUCAUGGAUCAGUGGAUCACUGAGUAUCAGUCUUAUAAUAUUUUUGGUAUCUCAACUAAGAUUCUGUGGACCAAAUGAAAUCAAUCAUUUCUUCUGUGAUUUGGUCCCAAUGAUAAGACUCUCCUGUGAUGAUACAUAUUUUGUUGAAAUUGCAUCCUUUAUUGUCUCCUGUAUAGGCAUCCUGCCUUCCUUUCUAAUAACACUUACAUCUUAUGCUUUCAUAAUCAACAGCAUUUUAAGAAUUGCAUCCACCACUGGUAAACAAAAGGCAUUCUCUACAUGCUCCUCUCACCUGACUGUGGUUGCUUGCUUCUAUGGCUCCCUGAUGAUAGUCUAUGUCUUACCAAACAUGAAUUCAUUGAGUGACUUGAAGAAAGUAUUCUCUCUGUUCUACACAUUGCUCACUCCCCUAGUCAACCCCCUUGUAUACAGUUUGAGGAACAAAGAAGUGAAGGAAGCCAUAAAGAAAACACUCUUUAAAAUGUUCAAUAGAAUUUAUUAA